AUGGAUUGUCAGGACGUGAUUCCCUCAGCUUUCGUACCCCGGCGGUUGAAGGUAGUGGUUAUCGGGGCAGGAAUAUCCGGAAUCCAAUUCGCCCAUGAUAUCACGACACGAAUGUCCGACAUCGACCUCGAAAUCUACGAAAAGAACCCCAAAGUAGGCGGAACAUGGUAUGAGAAUCGAUACCCAGGAUGCGCAUGCGACGUACCCGCACACGGAUACCAGUAUAGCUGGGCGCCCAAUCCAUGCUGGUCGAAGACUUAUGCGCCUGCUCACGAGAUCCACGCCUAUCUUGAAUCUGUCGUUGACAAACAUGAUCUUCGAAAGUUUUUCCGGUUUAAUCAGCGCUGUGUUUCGGCGGUAUGGAGCGAGGAGAGGGCGCAGUGGACUACGACUUUUCGGGAUGAGAGGUCCGACGAGGAGGCUGUUGUCAGGUCUGAUGUUUUGAUUUAUGCUGUGGGGAGGUUGAAUGACUAUCAGACUCCGUCGUUUGAGGGCCGAGAUAAGUUCAAAGGUCAAGUGUUUCAUACGGCGAGGUGGCCGGAGGAUGUGGAUGUCCGGGGGAAACGGAUUGCUGUGCUUGGGAAUGGGGCGAGUGGGAUUCAGUGUGUGGCUGGGAUUCGGGAUGAAGCUGGGGAGGUUCUCAAUUUCGCAGCACAUCCGACGUGGCUUGGGCCGGAGCCUUUUAUUGAGAAUCGUGAAUAUGACGAGCAGGAGAAGCUCAAGUUUCGGAGAAAUCCCCAAGCCUACCAUGACUUCCGAAUGGAUAUAGAAAAGGUUAUGUUACCAGCCUUUGCGUUCCUCUGGAAAGACACAUCCCCGAGCAAAAGCCUUCGUUCCCGUGCGGAAUCAUACGUGGAAUCCAAGGUUGAGGAUCCAGAAUUGCAACAAAAGCUGACCCCAGACUAUACUCCCGGAUGUCGUCGAUGGACCCCCGGCGAACAGUACCUAACUGCAGUACAACAGCCACACGUCCAUUUAAUAGAAGAUCAUGUAGCUGCUCUAACGGAGAAUGGCAUACGAACCGAUAAAGGGGAUGAAUAUGAAUGCGACAUGGUCGUCUGCGCAACGGGGUUCAGCCUAUAUAACCCACGAGUUCCUGUCGUCGGACGGAACGGUAUUACACUCUCAGAUUGCUGGGGCUCAGACGGUCCAUGUGAGAGUUAUUUGGCAGCGAUGGUGGCACAUUUUCCUAAUUUCUAUGCAUUCCAUCCACCCAACUGUCCGAUAAACGGCUCCGCAUUCCCCGGUAUCGAACGGACAGCAGACUAUAUGAUCAGAGUUAUUCAUCGUCUUCAAACCGAUUGUCUCCGAUCUGUGAGUGUGCGACCCGAAGCCCAACGCGACUUCAACAAAUGGGUCCAAUCUCAGAUGUCGAGCAUGGUGUGGUCUGAUUCGUGCAAUUCAUGGUACGGGAAGAUUAUUAUUCCCUGGCCUGGAACUACCACUCACUACUAUGCUGCUACGGAGAUCAUACGCUGGGAGGACUUUGACUUGAUGUUCGAGGAUCCAGCACAGAGAUAUAUGAGCUUUGGGAAUGGAGUGACGAAAGAUGGCUUCAAACCGGAGUCGAUCCCUGGAUUGGAUUAUAAUGGUGAUGCACUGAUAGAUUACUCAUCUAUGAAAACCAGAUGUAUCUGUUCCAUUAAAAAAAAAAAAAAACAUAUCAUCAGGCCGCACAGUUUGCCCGGGCGGAGGACACCUUUUCAAAGCUUCAUCUUUAAGAUCGUAUAG